AAGAUCCAGUUGUUCAUGUGGGAACCAGUGCUGUUCGGGACCUGGGAUGGUGUGUUCACAUCCUGCAUGAUCAACAUUUUUGGGGUUGUCCUGUUCCUGAGGACCGGCUGGCUGGUGGGAAACACAGGUGUGCUCCUGGGCUUGCUCCUGGUGUCCUUCGUCAUCCUCGUGGCCCUCAUCACGGUGCUGUCUGGCAUUGGCAUCGCAGAGCAUGGCGGGAUAGGCAGCGGUGGCGUCUACUCCAUGAUCUCCUCAGUCCUUGGUGGGCAGAUGGGAGGCACCAUCGGGCUGUUGUACGUGUUUGGACAGUGUGUUGCAGGUGCCAUGUACAUCACAGGCUUUGCCGAGUCAAUCUCAGAUCUGCUGGGCCUUGGGAACAUCUGGGCUGUGCGAGGAAUUUCAGUUGCUGUACUUCUGGCUUUGCUGGGCAUCAACCUAGCAGGUGUCAAGUGGAUAAUCCGCCUCCAGCUGCUGCUGCUGUUCCUGCUGGCUGUCUCCACCCUGGACUUCGUGGUGGGCUCUUUCACCCACCUGGACCCAGAACACGGCUUCGUUGGAUACUCCCCAGAACUGCUAGAGAACAACACUCUGCCUGACUACAGCCCCGGGGAGUCUUUCUUCACUGUGUUUGGGGUGUUCUUCCCAGCAGCCACAGGGGUCAUGGCUGGCUUCAACAUGGGAGGAGACCUGAGGGAGCCCACUGCCAGCAUACCUCUAGGCUCCCUGGCAGCGGUUGGCAUCUCGUGGUUCCUGUACAUCAUCUUCACCUUCCUGCUUGGUGCCAUCUGCACCCGAGAGGCCCUCCGCUCCGACUUCCUGAUAGCUGAAAAGGUGUCUCUGGUCGGCUUCCUCUUCCUGCUGGGCUUGUACAUCUCAUCCCUGGCCUCCUGUAUGGGGGGACUCUACGGAGCCCCCCGGAUCCUGCAGUGCAUCGCCCAGGAGAAAGUGAUUCCCGUGCUGGCCUUUCUGGGGCAAGGGAAAGGGCCAAACAAAACACCUGUAGCAGCCAUCUGCCUGACCAGCUUGGUGACCAUGGCCUUUGUCCUUGUGGGUCAGGUGAACGUCCUGGCGCCCGUGGUCACCAUCAACUUCAUGCUCACCUACAUCGCCGUGGACUACUCUUACUUUGCCCUCUCCAUGGCUCCAUGCAGUCUCUCCCAGUCUCCUGAGCCGGUGCCCAGAGAAGGUCCAGAUGCCCUGCGCUGCUCUGAGCACCUGCUCCAGGACAAGGCUCCCAGCUAUGGCUCUGGCUCCCCUGCUGGAAGCCUCUCUGAGGGCACUCUGCUGGAGUUCACCAAGGACAUGGAUCAGCUCCUCCAGCCCACAGGGAGGCUCGAGAGUGGUCAGCUUGGGUCAAGCGAGGGGAACCGGAUGCCAAAGAGGCAGAAGAGGAAGUGUAAGAAAGGCGCCAAGCGAACCCUACGCGAUAGCUUCCUCUUAGAUGCCGGGUCUCCUUCAUCCUUUCCCACAGAAGCCUCUGAUGGGUGGCCCACUGCCUCCUGGGAGGAGCAAGCAUCCUGUCAGAACCAGCAGACUUCUAGGAGUGAAUCACAUGACCAACUUGUCUCCGAUCUGUGCACCCAGCCUACAGUGAACAGAGAAGAUUUCGUUCUGAAAUGCAGACUUCAGGAACAAGAGGUCCAGAGGAGACCGAAUGCUUUCUACACUUGCAUGUGUAACCCCUGGGUCUCCUUGUUAGGGGCUGUUGUAUCCCUUCUCAUCAUGUUUGUGAUCCAGUGGGUCUAUACCCUAUGUAGCAUGGGUGUUGCUGUCAUGGUGUAUUUCUACAUUGGCCAGUCCAGUCCAGGUCUUUACCUAGGCUCAGCCUCCAACUUCAGCUUUUUCCGAUGGAUGAAGUCCCUCUUGAUGCCCUCCUGCAGGAGCCUGAGGUCCACCCGGGAGCAGAUCAUCUUGGCACCAUCCCCAGCCAAGGUUGCCACGGCAAUGACUCAGCUUACCCAGGAGAACACAGACUUUGCCACCCGAGAUCGCUACCACCAUUCGUCCCUCGUGAGUCGGGAACAGCUGAUGCCUCCCUACUAGACCCUUGCUGGACUCCUCCUUUCUAGAAGCUGCCCUGGAGAUGGGGGACCCAAAUCUCAGAACCUUUGGAAACUGCUUCUACCAAUGAGAAACCCCAAGACUGGUCUUCCCUCACAGCCUUGGAUGGCAGAAAUCACCUUCUAGUCUGAACUGGCUUGUCUCACCAGACUCUAGGUGUGGCCAUGGCUUCCACAUGUACCCAACCUGAACAGCCCACAGGCUACCAGGGUGAUCAUUUGACAUCAAGACAAUCAGAUGUGGAGAACCAAAACCAGAUUUCUUAUUGUAAGGGGCACAAUAAAUACUUAUUUUAAUUUUA